UUUUGGUUCGCCUAUGGCAGCAUCGUCGUCAUCGGCUGUUUCUUACUUUUCAACGGAUUCCUCGUCCGAUUCGCCUUCCUCACGCGCCAAAAAAGGCCGUCAUCGCAGCAACCGUCACAAAAGAGAGAGAGAUUCUCUCAGAAUCCGGAAGAAGAGUGAUUCGAUAGGUAAACGGAGUCGUAGGAAACAUCGUCGUCAUUCUUCGGAUUCUUACUCUUCGUCUGACUCUGAUUCCUCCAGGAGUAUCAGUUCAUCUGACAGUGAGCAUGAGUCUAGACAUUCGAAGAGGCACAAGAAAAGUGACAGGCAAAAGAAGGUUAAAGUCAAAGGGAAAAGAGCGGAGCAAGGGUCAUCGACAUAAACGUCAAAAGCACAAACUAAAAGAGGUAUGACACUAUUUACAAGGCACGUCCCUAUGUUGUUUUGAAUCUUAAUUUUUUUCUUGUGGAAUAUCGUGUACAACGCUCAUCUCCAACACCUAUCUAGAUAUAUAGGUAUGGGAUAUAACCUAGACCCUU